AUGGAGGACACUUACAAUAACAGGACUUCCCUGGCUAAGGGGGCCAAGGACAUGGUCAAGGAGGCCAAGCGGCAUGCAGCAAAGAAAGUCAACAAGGCGGUGGACCGCGCCGCAGAUGAAUACUCGUCCCACCGCAACUACAGCCGAUUCCAGGAUGAAGAGGACGAAGAUGAGGAUUUCUACCGGAACCCCCCGAGGCAGGAUGGAGAGAGCUACCAUGACAACGAAGAGGGUUCCAGUGAUGCCACAGAGGGCCACGAUGAUGAGGAUGAGAUCUACGAGGGCGAGUACCAGGGCAUCCCCUCGGCAGGAGAUAGGAAGCAUAAGGAGGGCCAGGUGGCGGUGGGGCAACCGAUGUCAGAUGCCACAAGGGACCGUAAGGGGCUGGAGGAGGAGAGACAGGCCGAUGAGGAGGAGCUGGCCCAGCAAUACGAGCUGAUCAUCCAGGAGUGUGGCCACGGGAGGUUCCAGUGGCAGCUCUUCCUGGUGCUCGGGCUGGCGCUCAUGUCAGAUGGGGUGGAAGUGUUUGUGGUGGGCUUCGUGCUGCCCAGCGCAGAGACAGACAUGUGUGUGCCGGACUCCAGCUCAGGAUGGCUAGGAAGCAUUGUUUACUUGGGGAUGAUGGUUGGAGCGUUCUUCUGGGGAGGGAUGUCUGACAAAGUGGGCCGCAGACAGUGCCUCCUCAUUUGCAUGUCCACGAAUGGCUUCUUCGCCUUCUUGUCGUCUUUUGUCCAGGGAUACGGCUUCUUCCUUCUUUGCCGUGUCUUUGCAGGCUUUGGGAUAGGAGGUGCCGUGCCCAUCGUCUUCUCCUUCUUUGCAGAGGUGUUGUCCAGAGAGAAAAGAGGAGAGCACCUCAGCUGGUUGUGUAUGUUCUGGAUGAUUGGCGAGAUCUAUGCAUCUGCUAUGGCCUGGGCCAUCAUACCACAUUAUGGUUGGAGUUUCAGUAUGGGCUCAGCUUACCAGUUUCACAGCUGGAGGGUGUUUGUGGUCGUCUGUGCCCUGCCCUGUGUUUGUGCUGUGGUGGCACUUACCUUCAUGCCUGAAAGUCCCAGAUUCUACCUUGAGGUGGGGAAGCAUGAUGAAGCCUGGAUGAUCCUCAAACAGAUCCACGACACCAACAUGAGAGCGCGUGGGCAGCCGGAGAAAGUCUUCACCGUAAACAGGAUCAAGAUCCCCAAACAGCUGGAUGAACUGGUGGAAAUGGAGUCGGAGUCUGGCAACCCAGUUUCAAAGUUUUUCUUUAGGAUAAAGGCUGAAAUACAUGGAAUCUAUCUGAAUCUCAUGAAGUGCUUCAACUACCCUAUGCGAGAAAACAUGAUGCGACUAGCCAUAGUGUGGUUCACGCUGUCAUUUGGGUAUUAUGGCCUGUCAGUCUGGUUCCCUGACGUCAUCAAACACCUACAGGCAGAUGAGUAUGCCUCCAAAGUGAAGAUCCACAACAACGAACGUAUUGAAGACUUCACCUUUAACUUCACUCUGGAGAACCAGAUACACAAAAAUGGCCUCUUCAUCAAUGACCGAUUCAUCAAUAUGAAGCUGAAAUCUGUCACCUUCAUUGACUCUACCUUUCGUAACUGCUACUUUGAUGACGUGACAUCGGUGGGCUCCUUCUUCCGUAACUGUACCUUCAUAGAUGCUUUCUUCUUCAACACAGACAUCGAUGAAUCCAAGUUGAUAGAUGGCACAGAAGUGGUCAACAGCACAUUCACCCACAACAAGACAGGGUGCCAGAUGACAUUUGACGAUGAUUACAGUGCCUACUGGGUUUACUUCAUCAACUUCCUGGGGACCCUGGCUGUUCUGCCCGGGAACAUUGUGUCCGCCCUUCUUAUGGACAAAAUUGGCCGUUUGUCCAUGUUAGGUGGCUCUAUGGUCCUUUCAGGCAUCAGCUGUUUCUUCUUGUGGUUCGGCACCAGUGAGUCCAUGAUGAUCUUCAUGUUGUGCCUUUACAACGGCCUGAGCAUCUCUGCCUGGAACUCCCUGGAUGUGGUCACGACUGAGUCAUUCCCGACUGUCAGGAGAGGGACAGGCUUUGGGUUCUGCAACGCUCUGUGUAAGCUGGCUGCAGUUUUGGGGAACCUGAUUUUUGGUUCUCUUGUUGGCAUCACAAAGGCCAUCCCCAUCCUCAUGGCCUCGUCUGUGCUCGUCGGGGGAGGCCUGGUUGGACUCCGGUUGCCUGACACCAGGGCGAAUGUCCUCAUGUAAGACCAGCUUGGUGUUCAUCAGCUGGGAUACAACCUGGAUAAAACUUGGGUGGACCCAAGAGGAAGCCCAGGGAGUGUUGA